UUCAACUUAUAUUUAGAGAAGAAACUAGAAAAUGACUAUUUGACAUAACAGAGGAUCAGUUGAUGGGAGGACACUUGUACAAAGAACAAACCGCUAAACCAAAGUAAUAAUAAAACUUAAAAAAGCAUUGAAUAAAAUUUCCAAAGAGAAACAGUAAUGCGGAGGCGAUGUGAUGUAAAGCACAAGCUUUCCCCUACCCCAAAACCCAAGCCAAACAAAAAACAAAACAAGGAAAGGAAAGCAAGAGACAAAGCCAACCAAACCAACCCAAAGUCCUAGGUCUUAGGUCUUUUCACCACCAUUCCAAAAAAAAACAUUACAUGCAUCAUUCUCGCUUGCUUUACUUAAUUAUAAAGAAGAAGAAAUAAAUUCGCUCUUUCCGACUAACCAAAUCCUUGGAAUGGUUUCCCCUUUCAAAAAAACUCCAUCUUGUAUGGAAAACCGGCGCUAUCCAUGAAAUUUAAGAAAUUUGUUUUGUGACCCCAGUUUCAUUUUCAUUUUCCUCCCUUAAUCCAUCUACUUUCUACUGAUCGCUAAUCCAACUUUUGCUUCACGUUUUUUCUACCUCAAAUCACAAUGAGUGCUUUUCCAUGCUGCGUUUGAACAGUUGUAGAGAUUUUCGUAACAUAAAAGGGUUUUUUUUUUCUUUUUCUUUUACCUUUGUUCCUUGUUCUAUGUUCCGUAUGUAAUAAGAUUCAUAGGUUGGAUUUCAUUUAGGAUUGAAACUAAGAUGGCUGUAGAGGAAGGCAAGGACUUGGGCGUUACACUGAGAAUCAACCCCUCUAGGCUGUUCCCUCUGAGGCUUCUUCAGUUUUUCUUGGUGUUUUUAGCCUUGGGACUUGGGCUUUCAGUUUUUAGUAUGUUUACAGUUCGGUAUUUAAAAGUUCAGAAUUUUGUUCCAGUAACACAAACCAUAUUAGAACAGCUUCCGGUAAAGCAUUGUUAUGAAGAGCCACAUAGUUUGGAAAGUUGGAUCCGACCACCCUCAAAACUGAUGCAUACUAUGAAUGACUCAGAACUAUUAUGGAGGGCUUCUCUUGCUCCUCGAAUCAAGACUUAUCCUUUCAAAAGAGUUCCCAAGAUUGCUUUCAUGUUCUUGACAAAAGGACCAUUGCCAAUGGCACCUCUUUGGGAGCGAUUCUUCAAGGGUCAUGAAGGGCUUUACUCGAUUUACGUCCAUUCUAUGCCAUCUUACGAGCCCCAUUUUCCACCUUCAUCAGUGUUCUAUCAGAGGCAAAUCCCAAGCCAGGUAGCUGAGUGGGGAAGAAUGAGUAUGUGCACGGCUGAGAGGAGACUCCUCGCUAAUGCAUUGCUUGAUAUAUCAAACGAAUGGUUUAUUCUUCUUUCAGAGGCAUGCAUUCCUCUAAACAACUUCAGCAUUGUCUAUCGCUACAUAUCAAGAUCCCGUUACAGUUUCAUGGGUUCAUUUGAUGAAGAUGGACCUUAUGGAAGAGGGCGUUAUAACGAGAACAUGGCACCUGAGGUAAACUUAAGUGAUUGGCGUAAAGGGUCUCAAUGGUUUGAGAUUAAUCGGAUGCUUGCUGUAAGAAUUGUUGAAGAUACAACCUACUUUCCCAAGUUCAAUGAGUUCUGCACACCGGCUUGUUACGUGGAUGAACACUACUUCCAAACAAUGCUGAGCAUCGAAACUCCACAUCUCUUGGCUAACAGGACCCUUACUUAUGUGGACUGGUCCAGGGGUGGUGCUCACCCAGCUACUUUUGGGAAAAAUGAUAUCAAGAAGGAAUUCUUCAAGAAGAUAAGUGAAAGUAAAACAUGCCUUUACAAUAACCAACCUACUACACUAUGUUACCUCUUUGCCAGAAAGUUUGCUCCCAGUGCUUUGGAGCCUCUAUUAGAAUUAGCUUCUGAUGUAUUAGGGAUUUCAUAAAUUCAUCGAUUUUUGUGUUAUUUUUGUUCUUCUCAAGUGCUGAUCAGAGAUUAUCAGAAUUUUGAUACAAGCUAACCCAGAUUAUGUUAAUGUCAAAGCUUAUUACAUAUACAAAAUUGGAACCCACAGUUAACAUUCUAGUGAAACUUCCUGGUAUAAAAAUAUUAUUUUAGAUUCUUAA